UAACUAACUAUGAAGACGCUUCGGUCCUCCGAGUCAAACCGGUCGAACAAUGGAAAUUCAAAAAUUCGUUAUAUUUUUUAUGGCUUCUCCAACGAGGGGAGGAAUUUGGAUCGCGAAGCGGCGUCCGCUAGGGGUUGCUCGCUCGGUUGCUUCGCGCCUGCGCACGUAGUUCGCGCCACUGCUACGUCGCUUGCAAGCCAGAUGUUCUGAAAAGCUUCCUGUCGCCGUUUCAAUGCUCCGCAUUUUUAUCUAAUAAGUUAUUGUAAAAUGUGGACUAGGACCUUUUUAAUAUUUUCUUUUAUGAGUGAAGUAAUCAGUGAAUAAAUAUCAUGUGUAUUGGAUAAACUGUGUGUAGUAUAUUAAAAUUAUCGAGCGUCUCGAUGUCCACGAGUUCACUCGGGACCAACAAAGCGGCGGACAUUUUAUUUUGAGUACUCGAUAAUGUAGCGUUCGCGUCGAAAACAUUAAUGUCGUUUUAUGGUUAUAAAUUCGGAUAUCGUUCGCUUACACCUUUUCGAUGCCGAGAGGGGUGAAGCGAGGGCCGGCGGAGGGCGAGGCCGAGGUGGUGGUUCGCGCUACUGCGUCUCCUUCGCAUACCACGCUAUUGGACGACAGUCCUAGCCAGCCCAUUAGCUAUCACCUGCUAGACCACGGCUAUGGCGCCACGCCACAGCACCAGAUCAGGCGCGAGGCGCCUACGGCACCGCCGAAGACGUCUGAAGCGGUGAAAAGAAGACUGAACUUGAGUGAGAGCAGUUCCGGCAGUCAGGGUCACGUGGUGCCCAUGAAAGCCGACUUCAAGACGCCGAAACAGAAACGCGUCAAAGUCCUCACGCCGUACAGUCGACCGUCCAGUUCUAUGAAAAAGUACACCGAACGUUCCAGGUUUGACACAUCAUUAGGUUUACUCACAAAAAAGUUCGUUGCAUUGCUGAAGUCUUCACCCAAUGGAGUCCUAGACUUGAACAUAGCGGCAGAACAUUUAUCGGUCCAAAAACGUCGUAUCUACGACAUCACAAACGUUUUAGAGGGUAUAGGAAUAUUAGAAAAGAGAUCCAAAAAUAAUAUACAAUGGAAAUAUGGCGUGGGCGGCGCGGAGGGCGCGGGCGAGGCGUGCGCGGCGCGUCGGUUGCGGCGCGAGGUGCGUGCGCUGUCGGCGCGGCAGUCGCGCGUGGCGCGCGCCGUGGCCGUGGCCGAGCACGCCCUCAGCGACCUGUCGGCGCACCACGGCGCGCGCGCCUACAUCACCUACGCCGACCUGCGCUCCAUCCGGGACUUCCGCAACCAGACUGUCAUACCCAUCAAGGCGCCACCUGACACACGCCUCAGCGUACCUCAUCCUGACGAGAAGGGCUACAUGAUACACUUGAAGUCCAUGUCGGGAGAAAUUGAAGUCUACCUCUGUCCAAAAGAACGCCCUCCUUCACCUGCUACAUCAUCAGGCCCACUGCCGGCGGAUCCGCUGUUAGAAGACAACAAGGCACUGCUAGCACCACUCAUAGCGUUACUGCAGUCUAAACCCACAAGCUCCAUCACCGCUGACUUCACAACGCCGAUAAAACGAGAACCUAUGAGUGAGGCGUCUUCGUCAUCCAUGGUGGUGUCAACGCCCUGCGUGACGGACCCCACGAUGCCGCUGGGUGGGGCGCUGGGGGCGCACGCCACGCACGGCACGCUGGGGGCCCUCGGCUCGCUGGGCUCGUUGGGCUCGCUGGGCUCGCUGGGGGCACUCACCACGCCACACGCCACGCCGCACAAGUCCCACACGCCACACUCCGACCACUCCAGCCAACACGACUCUCUCAACACCCCUGACAGCUCUGGUGCUAGAGGUCGGUUGCGUAACGCACUAAUAGCAGACAGCGACGACUUCGCGCCCAUCAUGGGCGGGGGUCGCUUCCAGUUGCAGACCGAGGACCAGGAGUCAGAACCACUGGAGUUGGAGCCGUUCCUGGCGCUGGAGCCGCCGAUGUCUGCGACGGACUACGGGUUCUGCCUGGACCACGAUGAGGGGCUCUCGGAACUAUUCGACUUCGAGUUCUAGUGCAGUGCGCAUGCGUGCCCUGCGGCGCGCGCCCUGCUAGUACUCAGCUGUACUCCUUGUGCGCUACACUCGUCUCAAUCUCACUGGAAAGAUUUAGGCUAUCCAAUGAUAUGGUUAACUAUGUUGUGACAUCUGCUCCAGGUAUUGGGAACGGUGCGAACCGCUCUCAAUAACCUAGAUCUGACGUGAAAUUGUAACGACUGUAGUAAUAGUUACAGAACACUCUCUAUUUGCACGUGCAGUGUUAAUGAAUGCGUACAGAAGACAUGACGUUCACAAAUGUUUGCUCAACAGAAGCAUGUUCUGGGUACUUCUAUUAACGCAAGUCAAUAGGCUCGCAAAGGUCGUGCAUGCCAUUUACUAAUGUUUUUGAUGAAUAUAUGUAAAGUUUAUUUCGUUACGUCGCGUAUGAUAAUGAUGCCAUUUUAUUUACGGGUAAUACACUGUCAUCAUGUUGAAUUUGUUGUUUUAUAUUUACAUGUUGCUUUAGACUUGUCUAGGAAACUGUACUUAUAACAUUUAAUUGCGCCUAGACUCCAUGCAAUUAUGAGAAAGUGUGAAGGAUGCAAGAUGUAAUUUGUAGUCAUGUUAGUAGUCUGUUUUACUUUUUGACAAGAGCCAAUCGUGACUUAGUUGAACACCAAUGUGAAACUACAAAUUUCACAAAUAUCAACUAGUUUGUUGAUAAAUAUUUCCCAGAUAACUGUUGACCCCGAAACUUCAAAUUUUGUCUGAUGGUGAACACUUGUUAGCCAUGUACUGUUUAUAAAAAAAAUACUAUAGACACGUUAUAUAGGAGAGUGUUCUGUAAAUGCAAUAAUUUGUGGUACCAAACAAACAUUGCGCUCUAAUUUACUUGUUUAAAUUAAUUUCGACGUAAAUUAUUUAGUUGGAUUAUUUGUGAUGUAGUUGUCGAAUAUUUAACUAAUGCUGUUAUGUGUUGUGGGACUGUAGCUGGAGCUCGCUGUUCUAAUACGAUAGUUGUAGCAGAUUACUGGGGGUUAUCCACACGUAACUGAGAAUAUUGUUUGAGAUAAACUUUCAACCAUAUCAAAAAACAUUUACUAAUUAUAAUUCCUGUGGAAAAAUCCUCACGUUUAAGACUAGAGUAUGCUAGCUGUAGUAGACAACAGGCAACUUCGUACCCUCCCUAUCAGAAAAUCAUGGUGCUAAUUUCAUUUCUUCAUCUCGCCAUCAACUACAGUCCCGCAUUACUAGUUAAUACUGAACGCUUAUAGUUAAAAUGUUCCUUAAAGGUGAUCUAAUUGAUUUGUGUUGUUUAGUACCGACAACC